AAUGACUUGGCAGAUGCAAUAAGUAGACUACAGUUUGAAAAACUGAGAAAUCUUUGCAAAACAGAAAAACUAAAUCUCACAUUCAUUAGUCCAGUUAAGGUGGACGUAAUGUAUUAAUUGCAAUCAAGACUCAAAUGGAGUUUUUAUUAUACUAAACAAAAUACCAUAAAAAUGUUACAGCUGUAAUUAAGUUAUGUGUUAUUAAUAAGUUAUGUUGUUAUUAUACUGUUGUUGUCAUAAUUGUAGUUUUUACAUGAUAUCAGUUUAUCUGUCGAUUGUUAAAAUCAUUGUAAUUUUAAUGUGUCUUCAGAUUAGCUUUAUUUUUUCAGAAGAAAACACUUCCAAAAGAUUGAGAUUCCUCAAACAAAAGUCCAAACAACUAGUUAGAAUGGAAUUCAAGAAUCCACUCAGAGGACAUACAAAAUUGGACAAAAAAUGUUCAUACAGUUUUGUGAAUCCCACAGUCUAAAAUAUCUACCAACAACUGAAGACACAUUAAUGCUAUUCAUUGCAGAUUGUGAAGAUCGUAAAUUACGUCAUGGUACCAUUACAAAUUAUUUAUAUGCUAUACGCUCUUUACAAUUAGAAAACGGUUUUAAUGAUCCUUUAAAUGAUAGCUUUUGUAUUAAACGUGCUCUGAAGGGCAUUCAUGUUUCUCAAGAUAAUACGCUCAAUCGGAAAUUAGCAAUUGACCAUAGCAUAAUGAAGAAAUUGGAAGUGUUACAUCGCACUUUGGAUCAUAACACAAUAACGUUUUGGUCUGCGAUGACACUUUCAUUUUUUGCAUUACUGCGAUGUUCCGAGGUUACUGUUAAGAACCCAAUUCACUUUGAUACUGAGAAAGAUUUCACGAGAAAAGAUGUCACUUUUAUUAAUGAAAAUUGCAUGAAAGUCAUGCUCAAACAUUCAAAAACGGAUAAGAUAGGAACAGGAGUUGAAUUAGUCAUUGGUUGUACAAAACAUCCUGUGUGCGCAGUGUGCUCAAUGGAAAAAAAAUUGAAAUUAAUCUCAGAUAAAAAUUCUCCUUUAUUCCAGUUUGAAGAUGGAACAUUUCUUACAAGAAAAGUAUUCAUUGAUCACACACGUACAUUUCUAGCACUUAUUGGUAUCAACCCCCAAGACUAUAGUGGUUAUAGUUACAGAAUAGGGGGUUGCACAAGUGGGGCAAUGGCCUCGAUGGAAGAGUGGGAACUUAAACUACUCGGUCAAUGGACAAGUGACUGCUAUAAGCGUUA